AUGGGGCAUUAUGGUGAUGAUGUUGAGCAGGGCGCCCAGAGUUUUUCUAGGAAAAAGGUACUUUUUUUAAUUUUCGUCAUCAUGAGUAUCUUGCUUUCACUGUGGUUUAAUUCAACAAAGAUCUGUAGAGUUCUUUCAUAAGAUAUGUUCUAUUAUUCAUCAACCAGCAGCAUUAUAAGUUUACCAUCUUCGUUUCGUGAUGAUCAUUAGCUUUUCCCCUAUUCUAAAGGCUUGUACUCACAUGAAAUAUGUACAGUAACCCCAGUGGAUCAGUUGUUAUUAGAUAGAUCUACGGAUUGGUGUCAUAUGCUUUGAAUAGAGGAAGAACAGAAGAAUGCUGGGAAAUGCUUGAACCAGUUGGAGAUUCCAGCCCACGAGUUUAGAUUAAUCUUGAUAUCGAACAAAUGCACUAGCCGCCUUCAGCUGCUGCUGCUGCUGGAUGUGGGCUGCCCACUGGUCACCUCCCACAGCCCAGAGAUCCACGCACCCCACAUACCCGCAAUGUUUAGAAUGGGACUGUAGUCGGGAAGUGGUGCUUGUGGGAUUGGGGUAUUGGCAGGUUGUAAAUUUAAUAAAACUCUAAUUUCCAUCUGUCGAUGUGUUGACAUCCUUUUAUAAUAGAAAGUUACAUAUAUAUGCAUAUAUUUUUCUUGCGAGGUCUUAUCUCCAGAAAAGCUGUUGUAGGGAUCUCUGCGGUCUGAGAACAGAAUCCUUCUCUGACUAUUUAUUUGAAUUGAUCUGGCAGGUGCUUGCACCGAUGUGCAGAGAGCUUUCCAAUAUUAUGGACAUGAUUAUUCCGAUUGUACCAAGUAUCGAGUCAGCUCGUCCAGGAGGCACAUCUGGGAUACAGGAAUUAUGUUCAUUAAAUAAUGAAAUAGAGAAAACGAACCUACUUCUUCAGCACUGUGCAGAAUCUAGCAAUUUCUAUUUGGUACGUACCAUGAACAUGAUCAGGAAUGGAGAGCUAGUCUUUUGAAUUUCAUUAUUUGUCUUAUUUUGGAUUUUUAUUUUAAACUAAUAUCAACAUGAUACUUUGGGAAAGAAAUAUAUGAAAUUUGUAUCAUUUUCACAGCUUUUUCGGAUAUAUCAAGUAAUUCCAUGAUCCUUUCUGCAAGCUUACAUUGUGAUUUUGCUGCCAGCUGUUUGUCAUUGACUUAAAUGCUUGACAGCAUUUCAUUUUUAUCAGGCGAUGACUAGGGAAGCCAUUACUCUGAGGUGUGAAAGGAGAAGAAAUGCCUUGCAUGAAAGUUUGAGGCGCAUUCAAACCAUGGUUCCAGAGCCCUUAUCAGCCCAGGUUUGUGACCUCCCAGGACUUGCGUGUAACAUUCUAUCCUCCGUACAUUGAGCUGCUAUCACUAUUAUCUGUUCUAUUUCAUUGGCUUGGGAUCACAGCAAUUAUUGGCUCAGGAACGUACUUUCUCUGUACAUGCACCUACAAAUCAUUUCAGCCGCAUCUAUGAAGCUGAUGUUAUCUUAUUUUUUUAGCGACUUUGUGGCAAUAUGAAGUCUUAAGGCUUAAAAACUUACAGAAAAAGAUCCUCACAGGAUCAAUAAAAGCUGGUGUGAUCUGUUGUGAGGGUUUCCCAUAUAUCAACAUCUCCUAAUAUGGAGACAAUUUUGCUGGUCAAUCUAAUGAAGGUUUAUAACCUGCACCGAGAUGCCAUCUAUUGACGUAAGUUCUCUUGUUAUGGAGAAUAGGAAUUCUAUGGAGGGAGGGAGAGGGAAAAAAAUUCCAACCUUGUGCGAGUAACUUAUAAUGAAAAUAACCUCUGUCAAAAAAGAAUAUGGCUUUAAUUCCUCAUCUCUAUGACAUUUGGGAACUGCAGAGAAAGCUUGGUGCCCAGUUUUGUAGAUGAAUGUUCUAAGUUAGGAUGCUACUAUGGCAGUUGUGUGUCAAAGGCUAUAUACUCUGAUUUGAUAUUGAUUGCCCAUUUAAACAGGCACCUGUAGGCGCACUUCACGAUGUAAAUUUUUCUGGGAAACAGGAGAAUUGGCUGCACAUUAGGUUCCAUUGGCUAAUUCUGCAUGUAGAAUGGUAGUCCUCAAUUUGGUGUGCUGGAGAACCCGGAACACCUUUGGAGAGGAAGAAAAACCUUUAUUGAAUGGAAAACAAGAAAUUCAUUUUACAAGAUGAACGGGAUCCAGUAUUUAUACCAGACCCUUGAGAGUAGAUUACAAGUAUUAAGGGCAUAUCUGCCAAUAUGAAAGUACAGGGUUUAUUUAUAAAAUCCUCACGACAACACUCCCCCUCAAGCUGGUGAAUGGAUAUCAUCCAUUUUUAGCUUGGGAAGAAUUUCUUGUAGUUGUGUGCCUGAAACACCUUUGGUGAGCAUAUCUGCUAACUGAUCUUUAGUUGAAAUAUAUGGUAUACAAAUCACAUUUGUCUCAAGUUUUUCUUUAAUAAAAUGCCGAUCAAUCUCUACAUGUUUGGUACAAUCAUGUUGUAUUGCAUUAUGUACCAUGCUGAUUGCUGACUUAUUAUCAUAGUAAAUCUUCAUAUGAUCCGAUAAAAGAAUAUGCAAUUCAUCAAGUAAAUUUUUCAUCCAGAGAAGUUCACAAAACCUUUGGGCAAGUGCUCUGAGUUCUGCCUCAGCACUUAAACGGGCUACCAUGGUGUGUUUUUAACUUCUCCAAGUAAUUAGAUUCUCACCAAUAAAUGUGAGAUAACCAGAUGUUUUGAUUUCUGGUCAGCUAUUGACUCUGCAUAAUCAGCAUUUGUAAACAUUUCGACAUUUACUUUCCCACUGCGUUUGAAGAGGAUUCGUUUGUCAGGUGUGCCCCUUAAGUAAUGUAACGCUCUAUGUGCUGCAUAUAAAUGAGUCUCUUUUGGCUGAUGUAUAAAUUGACUCACCACAUAUGAGAUAUCUGGUCGAUUAUGUGUGAGAUAGAGUAAACAGCCAAUAAGCCGUUGACACAUCUCACGACUAACAUGGACUCCUCCCUCCGCCAAACAUAGUUUAUGAUUCGGAUCAAUUGGGGUAGUAGUUGGUUUACAUGCAGACUUUCCUAUUUCAGCCAACAGAUCUGUUAUGUAUUUUCUUUGAGAAUUAAAAAUUCUUGAACUAGAGUGAGCCACUUCGAUGCUUAGAAGGUAUCUUAGGCGUCCCAAUGUCUUGACAUCAAAUAUUGAAGCCAAAUUAUGACUUAAGUCUGUGCCUGUACAUCAUCAUUCUCUGUGAUGAUGAGAUCAUCAACAUAAACCAAAAGCAUGGUUACUCCCCUUGAAUGAGAUUGUUUAAAGAAUAGUGUACGAUCAGCAUUACUUUGGGAGUAUUGCAAUGUCUUCAUAGUGGCUGUAAACCAUCCAAACCAGGCACGUGGGGUGGGGACUGUUUUAGUCCAUUGAGAGAUUUCUUUAGUUUGCAAAUAAUAUUGAGAGAUACAUUACCCUCUUAGCCUGGUGGUAGUAUCAUAUAAAUCUCUUCCAUAAGAUCACCAUGCAAAAAUGCGUUUUUUACAUCAUACUGUUGGAUAUCCCAACUGAAAAUCGCAGCUAGAGACAAUAAGAAUCGGACAGUAUUCAUUUUUGCCAUUGGGGAAAAAGUUUUUUGGUAAUCAAUUGCAUAGACUUGUAUGUAGCCUUUGGCCACUAGUCUGGCUUUAUAUUGCUCAAUUGAACCAUUAGCAUUGUAUUUCAUGAUAUACACCCACCUACAACCCACUGUUUUCUUAUUUGGUAGUAAUGUUACCAAACCCCAAGUUUCAUUUUUCUGAAGAGCCUUCAUUUCAUUGUCCAUAGGUUGCUUCCACUUCAAGUUAGAUAAAGCUUCAGAGAUAUUUUUAGAAACAGUAGUGGAAUCUAAGGAAGCUAAGAAUGACCUAUAAGGAGUUGACAGACGAUGGUAGGAUAAGAAAUUGGCUGCUGGAUAUAAGGGGGUUUUAUUACAUUGUCUAAUAGUCUAAGGACACUCUUUGAAACAAAGAAGGAAAAACAUUCUUUAAGAUGCUAAAAGAGGGAUGACCCAUCCUUUGAUGAAGUAGAUGAAUCUUAUUAACAGGUUCUAGAGGUUCUGUGUUAAUCCGCUUCAACUAUAUAUGUUUGGCUUAGUCCUUCUAGAAGAUAAAGUUCAUCAUGUUCUCUAACAACUUCAAUUUUCCGAUGAUGUACCUUAUCAAAUAUUAUACAAAUAUUAUCAUCAAAGAGGGCAUGAUAAAGUGAGGCUCUAACAAGUUUCUUAACGGAAAUAAGGUUUGUAAACAAUUUGGGAACAUGAAGCACAUUAGGAAGAAUGCCAAAGGGUUCAAGUCAAAUGUCUCCUAUAAUCUGCAAUGGUUAAAAAAGAUCUAUCUGCAGUUGUGACUUUUCUGUCUCUAGGACAAAGAUUGUAGUUGGUAAAAUGGUGAGAGGAUUGGUCAUAUGGUCCAUUGCCCUUGAGUCCACUAUUCAAGUGUUAGAAAUAUCUCUUGAAGAAGCUCUAACUUCGAGAGAGUGAUGAAGCUUACCUUGCUGGACUGAUGAGUUUUGUGUUAUUGUUGACUUCAAUUUUUCCAAUUCAGCUUGAAGUCUUUCUAUAUCAUUCAUCUGAUAUGAAGAUGGGUGUUGUUUUUAGUUGAAAUCUAUUGACUGAUUUGCAGGUAAAUUUACUGUAGAAUGUACUCGACAGCCAUAUUUGUCAGUGAUAAAGUGUGGUUGUUUGCCAUGUAAUUUAUAGCACCUGUCUCAAGUGUGACGUGACUUUCUGCAGUACAUACACCAUAAAUUGUCUCUAGAGUCAGUUUUCUGAUUCCUUCUUUGACUCUGUUGAAAUGGUUUGGACGGAUCAACAGUCUUCUUCAUAUUGUCACCUUGUUUAAUCAUAAAUGCAGAAUUAUCUAUUUCUGGACCUGACAUCAUCAAAUUCCUGCGACUAUCCUCAUUUAAGAUGAUCGAAAUAGCUUCAUCUAACUCAACUUUCUUCUCACGAUUCAAUAUAUAUUGACUGACCUGAUCAAACAUAAAAUUAAGACCAGCCAAGAAUUUAAACACUCUCCUUCUGUCUAUGAAAUUUCGUAUUGCAGUAAUUUCAGCACGUUUUUCGGUGUCAAGACUAAGAUAAUAGUCAAGUUCCACCCAUAGAUUCUUUAAUUCUCCUGCAUAUUCCAUCAUUGUCUUACUCCCUUGCAUCAUUGACAUUGACUUUGUCUCAAGUUCAUAUAUGUGAGCUUCAUUAUUUUUCUCUGAGAACUUGGUGUGAACCGUCUCCCACAAGUCCUUGACAGUGGAUAAGAAGAAAAAAUCACAGCUGAUUUGGGGAAUCAUGGUUUCUCGCAGCCAAGUUUUAAUCAGGGUAUCCUCUUCUCUCCAUCUCCAAAAUUCUUGUGGCAUUGGGUCUGGUUUCCCCUUUAUCAAGUGGUGUACCAUGCCUCUUCCAGUUAAUACAUAUAUUCUGACCAUUGUAUCAGAUUAUAUCUCGUCAGUUUAAACUCUAUAGGCACUGCAGGGAGUUCAAUCAAUAAUCGUCUGGCUCCAGGAACAAGAUGAACCUCACUUGUGGAGAUUGAAUCACCCCCAGAAGAUGAAGCAACACCUCACGUAGCUUCCAUUUCAAGAAAUAGCAGCCUACUUCACGAAAAACUGAUUUCGUGACCAAAUCUUGAACAGAAAUAUUCAACGAAUGGUAAAAAGACCGUAAUAGCAGAAUCACCUGUAUUGGCUCUAUGAAGAGCCUGUAGAGACGGUGAGUCCGUCACCAGAUAGAUGUGGUACCAACAGCAGUGAUACUUCCCUUCACAACUAACCACAGAUCGUCAAGAGAGAGGGAUUCGAAACCCUAACCUUGGCACUGAUACCAUGUAGAAUGAUAGUCCUCCAUUUGGUGUGCUGGAGAACCCGCAACACCUUUGGAGAGGAAGAAAAACCUUCAUUGAAUGGGAAACAAGAAAUUCGUUUUACAAGAUGGACGGGGUCCAGUAUUUAUCCCAGACCCUUGAGAGAAGAUUACAAGUAUUCAGGGCAUAUCUGCCAAUAUGAAAGUUCAGGGUUUAUUUAUAAAGUUCUCACAACAACACUGCGCUAUAACUGUUUGCUCUCAGCCUAUUUAUAUUACCUAGUGCCCCACCGCAUUUCAAUUGAGUGUCAUAUUUUACCAUUCUACUAGACUAACAGGAUACUCAAGUGGCUGGAGCAAAGACAAGAUGGUUGAUUCUGGUUCAGGUUUAUUUUCUUUUUGUUUGGGAGGGAGGGCGCAGGGCGGGGGUAUGCAAGGGAGACGCAACAGCACACCAAAGUAGAAAGAAGAUUAGAAGGGGUCUGGAGAACAAGUUUGAGCAGUGGGAGAGCCGAGGGGUCUAAAUUAUGGGAAAAAUCAGAGUAGUGAGGUGGUGCAAGAGCUAGAAAAUGUAGGACAAGUGCACCAAUGGUGGGCUAAAUAUCACAGUCUGCUGGUGAAUGUGGGAGACAUAGCAGAUGAUGAUAAUGACCUUAUAGGUCAUUUCUGUGAUCAAUUUCAGCUGGCCCCUGGGAAAUAAUGCUCACAAAUUGAUUAGAAGCUAUAAACUUCCUAUCCACAGGCUGCCAGACCAAGUAUUAUCUAACUCUGGUUCAUCUGCGUCGCUCUAAUUGCCGCAGUCUGGAAUCGGACUGGGCAUACAUAUCGGGAAUAUUUAAGAAAAUUAUACCAGAAGAGGAUUAGAUGUGUGCUUGCCACUAUUUUUAUCUUUGGUUUAAAUAGUGCUUUAUAUAUUCUAAGGUUCAGAAAAAAGUUAGCAGGAUAUAUUUGCCCCUCGAAUGGCAAUCAGAAGCUCCUCUUCGUUUGCAGGUCGCAACGAUUGUCGUGAGACUCCGAGCUGCAAAAUUCAAUAUCGAUCCUGCUGUGGAGGAGGCUGGCAAAGCGAUACUGUCAUUGCUUCAACAGAAUAACUCUACUGAAAAUGCCGAAUUUGAGGCUUUCUGUAAUGCUGCUUCGAAGCUAGAUAUCACAACUCCUAGAGCUCUUCUAUUGGAGAGGCGAUCUAUCAAGAAGCUUUUUGAUAAGCUGAGUGUCAGCGAUCCAAGGAAGGAGAAAAUUCUACAACUCCUGUACCUGUUCAGGAAAUACGAGAAAAGGUUUGGGUCUGAAAAUUUUGGGCACCAGAUAGAUCGCAGUGAUGUGUUCAUCGGAAGCUCUGUUGCAGAAGGAAAGAAUGCAUCUGAGAGCAAUUCAUGUGAGGCCAAGAAUGAAGCCAGCGAGUGGCGAACUGGGGUAAUUGAUUGCCCCGAGGACCAGAAUGAUCUGUCUGCGGAUUCGCCUCCCAAGGAGUUCAGAUGCCCUCUCUCAUUGGAGCUUAUGUAUGAUCCAGUGGUCAUUGCCUCUGGACAGACAUAUGAGAGAGCAUCUAUUGCCAAAUGGUUUCGUGAAGGCCAUGACAUGUGCCCAAGGACGGGAAUGAAGAUCACUAAUUUCGCGAUGGUCCCGAAUUCCUGCAUGAAGAUGCUUAUUUCCAGCUGGUGCAAGAAACAUGGUAUCAGCAUGCCGAAUCCAGGUCCACGAUCUAAUGACCUCGAAGCAUUUCAUUCAUGGGACAAUUCGAAUUCCAGCUCAAUCGUCAGCAUGAACAUUUCUGCACCUACCGUGGGCGGCAGGAUUGCAGACCUUGACUACAGCAACUUAUCUAUUCUCUCAUCAGACGGCAGUUGUUACUCGGACUCGUCAUUCGUUAGGAAUGCCGAGGGUUUGAACGACAGCCAUGUUCCUCACAUGCUGCCACAUAUUGAUGAAGGCAGCAAUGGCGAGUCCUCUUCCCAGUUUAGCCAGGAUGUGUAUCUAAAGUUUUUCUCCGUUCUGUCGGAGCUGACACUGGAGUCCCAAACCAAGGCUCUGGCCGAUUUCAAAGCCCGUCUUAGUAGCGAGGAAGCACGGCAAUCUAUGCUUUCUAAUGGUUUCGUGGACGCACUUGUACAGUUUCUGAAGGAUGCUUAUCACCUUUCUAACUUAAAAUCGCAAAAGAUGGGAUCGCAGUUGCUUCUUGCUUUUCUUGGUGAAACCAGGUAUCUUUUUCCUGCUCGCCACAGUUUAUUACCCCCCCCCCCCCUUCCAUCAGUGUGGUAAAGUUUUCUUUCUUUCUUUCUUUGUUCUGUCUUUCCCAGGUUGGAAGAUCCGUGCAUAAAUGACGACGCGUUCGAACUGUUGAUAUCUUUCCUCGAUUCAGAAAUAGCCCACGAGGCUUUGAUGAUCUUGCAAAUAAUAUGCCGCCACCCAAGUUGCGAGUCCAGCAUUGUAUUACCCGGUGUUCGUCCCCUCAUGAAGAUCCUCGAUUCCGGAGCUACCGAGUUCCCGGAACUGGUUCUGGACAUCCUGUGCAACCUCUCCAGUAGUAUUGAAGGCAAGCACCAGAUACUGUCUUCAGGGGGCAUUCCGAAACUGUUUCCCCAUUUGAGCAAUGGAAGACUCGCAGGAAACUGCUUAAAACUGAUGCACAGUCUGUGUGAAGUUGAGGAAGGUAAGGUAGCGAUAGCGGAAACCGAUGGUUGCAUCACUGCGAUCGUGGAGUUGCUGGAUUCUGGCAGUCGGGAGGAACAGGAGCAUUCGGUGGCCAUUCUUCUGUCUCUGUGUUCUUACUGCACGGAGUACUGCUCGUUAGUGAUGAAGGAGGGUAUUAUCCCGUCUCUGGUUCACGUCUCCAUCAACGGGAACAGCCAGGGAAAGGACAGCUCCAUGAAGUUGCUCCAUGUCCUGAGGGACAUCAGAGAUGAUGACUAUACCGAGAGUUCGCUCUCUCACGUUGAGCCCUGUCCAGAGCCGCCUCAGAUGCCCAGUAGACAAGACGAGAGGAGACAAUCGGUGUCCCGGAGACCAGGUUUCUUGAGAAAAAUGUUCUUUUCAAAGCCCAAGAUCCCCGCUCUCUUCUGA